UGCUUUUAUUGUGAAGGAGUCAGGUCGGAAGUGUUAUGGCGUGGUGUCGGAACAGAAACAAGAAGAGAACUCCGGAUGAACGCUACCGGUACGCGGCCGACAUAAAGCCAAUGACAACAGUUGCAGUCCUUGGAGGGGGGAUCGGGGGCCUGGCAGCAUCCUACUACCUCUGCAAGAGCCCCCAGGUUACCAAGGUCCUUGUCUUGGAGUCCAGCAGUCGGUUGGGGGGCUGGCUGCGGUCCACCAGGAGGUCUGAUGGGGCCGUGUUUGAACAUGGACCCAGAGGGAUCCGCCCUGCGGGGGCAGUGGGACGCAACACGCUCAAUAUGGUGGAGGACCUGGGUCUUGGCGGGGACAUUCUGCCCGUCCCCUACAGCCAUGUGGCGUCCCAGAACCGAUACGUGUACAUGAACCGACGUCUCCACAGGAUGCCGUCGGGGCUGAGUGGACUUUUGCGGACUGUCCCCCCCUUCUCUCGGCCCCUGCUGCUGAGUGUUGCCAUGGAGAUGCUAGUGAAGAGGGGCGUGGAGGAGGACGAGUCCGUCCAUUCGUUUGUCUCCAGGCGACUGGGGAAGGAGCUGGCGGACAUCGCGGUGGACAGUCUGUGCCGCGGCGUGUUCGCGGGCGACUGCAGGAAGCUGAGCGUGCGUUCUUGUUUUCCGGUGCUGUACAACGCGGAGCAGCGGGGGGGCUCCGUGAUGCUGGGCAUGCUGCUGGGCUCAGGCCCUACUCCUGCCGUCCCCCCCGGCCCUCUGGCUCAGAGGUCCGUUACAGAGUCGUGGGCCCAGUGGUCCCUGAGCAGGGGAGUGGAGUCUCUCCCAGAAUGCAUCGCUGAGUUCCUGCAGCGGAGCGGCAGAGCGGAGCUCCGCAGGGAGGCGGCCGUUCAGCACAUCAGCCCGUCGGCCUCCGGCUGGACGAUCAGUUUGGAGGAUGGAGUCCUAUCAGCUGACCACAUCAUCUCUGCACUGCCUGCUAAAGCCCUGGCCUCAAUCCUGCCCCCCUCCUGUCAUCCUCUCAUCCAGCUACUACAGGACAUCUCCACGGUAACAGUCGCUGUGGUGAAUCUGGAGUAUGAGGGCUCCAUCCUGCCUGUGUCGGGCUUCGGCCACCUGCUGCCGUCAUCAGAGGACCAGGCUUUACUCGGGGUGGUCUACGACUCCGUUCCCUUCCCCCAGCACGACAGAAGUACGGGACAGACUACCAGGCUGACGGUGAUGAUGGGCGGGGCCUGGUUCCACGAGGUCUUUGGGCCCCCAGACACAGUAACAGAGGAGUGUCUUUUAGCGAGAGCCACCGAGGCUGUGCACUGCCACCUGGGAGUCUCCUCAGCACCCAGCUGGAGCCGGGUCACCCUCCAGAGGGACUGUAUACCUCAGUACUACCCAGGACACUUCCGGAAAGUAGAGUCAAUGCGUCGCUUCAUAAGGGAGAAUAAUCUCUCUCUGUCUCUGAUCGGCGCGUCCUACGACGGGGUGUCAGUCAAUGAUGUCAUCUUUAAUGGACGGACAGCUGUGGAGCAGCUGUUGGGAACUGGAGUUUGAUGGAGCUCGUCAACACUGGAGCACGACAGCACCAAGGGCGUGGGUCUUUGAUAUGAUACAAAGUUUAGUUUCUUAAAGAAAAUCAGCGUCCUAUAGAUAAAACAUGUUAGAAACCGGUCAGUGUGUUGGUGCUGCUGAGGUUCCAGCCUGGAUUUGCAUAAAACUCUCGUCUUAUCACAAACUACAUCUACAUGCGCGUAAUAUUCUGAUUUCUGCCCUUAUUCUGAAAUAGACAAUAUUCAGACCAAGCUGAUAAUGAAAAUGAAUAUUGUACUAAAAGUCCCAUUUCCAUGUAGUCAUGUAAAAUGAGAUGUCUCCAAAGUGUCCCGGCGGUGGAGGACUUGUUGGAGCGUGGGAACACAGCGGCUCUCCUUCAUUCCUUCAAGCAGCUCCUAGAGAAGCUCGGCUCAAAAAGCUGCUGCUAUCCGAGUCUUUGACGAAGUUUAAAGUAGCUGAGUUCCUCCUUCUGAUCGGGACUGCAGCCCUGCAAACUGCUGGCUGGUUGCUCUGUAACGGUAACACCAGCAUAUCAUGUCUUAAACCGAAAAUGCCAAAGUGGGGGGUAAAAAAUACCUUAUUCUUAAUAUCCAACCAGAUUAUGCAUUUUAUAUGACCUUGUCAUAUUCAGAAUAUUGGAAUAUUAGUGUGCAUGUAAACGUGUGAGUGACAGAACAACGACUCACUGUUGUUGAGCUUGUGUAGAAUAGUGCAGUUGUUCAGCGGGCUACACAGCUGCAAUAUUAAAUUAUGAUAUUCUAGUGUGUUAAUAGUAUGCAGAGUCUGAACAUUAUGUUUCUGUCCAUCUGACUGAUGAUACUAUCUCUGUAUGUAAAGCCUUAACAAGCUGUUUGUCACGUUUGCCUUUACUUGUUUUUGGAGUGGGGAACGAGGGACUAAUGACAUUAAUACUGCAUUUAUUGACAACUCAUCUUUAAAUUAUUCUGUUAUUGCAUUCAGCAGUGCCGUAUGUUGUACAUACUGUAUGGAAAGCUCUCUGAGGCACGUUUGGGGUCCUAUAAAUAAAAG